AUGGAUUCAGUCUCAGAAAUUAGAUUCGGAAAUAAUGAUAUAUUUGCUACUGGAGCAUGGGAUGGCUAUAUACGCUUCUAUUCAAUUCUUAGUCAACAUGGCAUUCAGACUUAAAUAGCUCUUGACUUUAAAAGCGUAAUUGAUUGCUAAGAACCGUAAGUCCAUAAUCUUAUAUCUAGAGUACUUUCAAUUAGUUGGAAAAGAGACAUGACAAUGAUAUUUGCGGCUUUGGCUGAUAAUACAGUUAGGGUGUACGAUAUAAAAACAGGUCAGAAUAUAAUCUUGGGAUAUCAUGAUGAUUGCCCAGCAAGAUAAGUAUUUUGGAAUGAUGACUUGUAAGCAUUGGUUUCUUUGGGUUUUGAUAAGAAGUUAAGAUUAUGGUCGCUUAAGUAGAAUACUAUGGGAAUGAAGCCAUCUCCUAUUUAUGAACUAAAUUUAACUAGUAUUCCUACAGUAGGUGAACAGGAUCAAAAUGAAAGGAUGUUCGCUUAUGCUGAUGUGGAUUGCAAAAUCAAAUGGUUUUCAUGGGAUAAAAUUCGAGGCUCUUUAAAUAGCACUGUAUCUAGAAAUAUUUUCGAAAUAGAAGAUUCUAAAUUGGGGAAUCGAUCAUAAAUUAGUGCAUUAGCUAUUUCCCAUAAUUCAAAGUAAAUGGGAUAUUGCUCAGUUGAUGGAAGAGGAGCGGUGGUAGAAUUGACUGAUAGAUUAGAAGCCUUAAAUAGAAUUGUAUAUAAGUGUCACAAAAGAGAAGAAGAUUUAAAAACGUCAUUUAAAACAGAAAAAAUUAAUACAUAUUACGCUGUUAAUUCAUUUCAAUUUAACAGUCGAUCUUAUGAUUGGGUUAGCACAAGUUCUUCGGACAGUACAAUAAUUUUUUGGGAUUUAAAAAAGAAAAACAAAAUUACCACCAUCCCAUUUGAUGCUCCCGUUAUUGCUAGUCAAGUGUCUCCAGAUGGUUAUUUUUUGGCCUAUGCCACUGGGUAUGACUGGGGAUAAGGUCUGGAUGGAAUUGAUAAUAGGUUUGCAAAUAAUGUUGGCGCAAUAUUUAUAGAAAAACAUUAACUGCUAUAUGUUUGA